ACCAAAAGCAAUUCAUGAAAAGAGCAAAGGUAGUGUUCAUUUCAACACCAGCACUUGGCAACAUUGUUCCAAUUAUUGAGUUUGCUAAACUCUUCACUCAAAAAAACAAAAAUCUUUCAGCCACCAUACUUUUAAUUAACAUCCCUCAAAGACCACUUGUCCAAUCAUAUAUUGACUCUCUCACCACCACCACCACCGGAAACAUCCAUUUCCUCUCCCUCCCCGUGGCGGAUCCACCGUCCCUAGAUCAAUUUGAGGCCACUAUAGGCUUUUUAUCACUAUUGAUACAAAAUCACACGUCACAAGUCAAAAAUGCACUUAUUGACCUUAUUUCAGACUCAGACUCGAACUCAGGGCAAGUUGUUGGAUUCUUUAUUGACAUGUUUUGUACAUCUUUUAUUGAUGUUGCCAAGGAACUUAACAUCCCAUGUUAUCUCUACUUUGCUUCCCCUGCUACUUUCUUGAGCUUUAUGUUACAUCUCCCAAUUUUAGAUGCUCAAGUUAGUACUAAUAUUGAGUUCAAAGAUUCAUCCAAUGAUUUCAACAUUCUUGGUUUUUCCAAUCCUGUCCCUAUUAAAUGUUUCCCUUCAUUCAUGCUAAAAAGACAUAGAGAUGGUUACUCUUGGUUCCUACAUCAUGCAAAAAGGUACAAAGAAACAAAGGGUAUUAUUGUCAACACAUUUCAAGAACUUGAACCUUUUUGCUUAAACUCAUUAGUACAUACUACUAGUCAUGUUGUACCACCAAUUUAUCCAAUUGGACCAGUAGUGGAUCAUAAUGGACCAGCUCAAUGGCAUCAAGAUUCUUGGGGUCAUGAAAAUGUUAUGAAAUGGCUUGAUAAUCAAGAACCAUCAUCAGUAAUUUUCUUGAGUUUUGGAAGUAUGGGAAGUCUUAAAGUUUCACAAGUGAUAGAAAUAGCAAAAGGUUUGGAGAAAGCAGGACACCCUUUUUUGUGGGCAAUUAGAGAAGCACCAAAGGAUAAAAGAGAACUUCCAAAUGAUUAUACAAACUUGGAGGAAAUUCUACCUAAUGGGUUUUUAGAAUCAACAAAAGGAAAAGGGCUAGUGUGUGGGUUGGUCCCACAAGUUACAAUCUUGGCCCAUAAGGCUAUUGGAGGAUUUGUGUCACACUGUGGUUGGAAUUCGAUUCUUGAAAGUUUAUAUUAUGGAGUGCCAAUUGGUACAUGGCCAUUAUAUGCAGAGCAACACUUGAAUGCAUUUGAGUUGGUGAAAGAGUUGGAUUUGGCUGUGGAAAUCACAAUGGAUUAUAGAGAUGGUACAGCAUUGGUUUCAUCAGAGGAAGUGGCAAAAGGGGUUAAAAGAUUAAUGGAUGGUGAUGGUGAUGGUGAGGUGAGACAAAGGUUUAAGAAAAUGAGUGAGAAAUGCAAAGAUGUUUGGAAGGAAAAUGGCUCAUCUUCUAAUUUUCUUGCACACUUGAUUGAUGAAUUAAUGGCUGUGAUUUGAAGAAGGGUUAGCUAGUCCGACUUGGUGGGCUUUGUUUGACUACAAAAUUUAGUAGAAACUUAUAAAGAGAUGAAAAUAAAGUUU